AUGAGGCCUGUGAUUCUUCCUGGGUUGUUGACCAUCCUCUUUACCUGUCUCCUCGUGCCAAAUGCGCUCGCAAUUGACGUUAAUCCCGAUGAUAUAACCUCCCUCCGAGAUGCCGCCAAGACCGUCGCAUCCAACAUGAUGCAGUUCUACAAUGACCGCGACUCGAAAGAUAUUCCGGGAAAAUUGGACGGUACAUGGUGGGAGGGUGGUUCAAUGUUUAUGACCCUUAUCCAGUACUGGUAUCUAACUGGCGACGACCAGUUUAACGACGCCAUCCAAGAAGGCAUGUAUUGGCAAAAGGGUGAAAACGACUUUUUCCCAAGCAACUACUCGCAGUAUCUCGGCAACGACGAUCAAGUGUUCUGGGGAUUAGCGGCAAUAACCGCGGCAGAACUGAAUUUCCCAGAAAGAGACAACGAACCCUCGUGGGUUUCUCUAGCGGAGGGUGUCUUCAAUAGUCAGAUUCCUCGCUGGGACAUGACAAGUUGCGGUGGGGGUUUGCGAUGGCAGAUCUGGCCCUACCAGAAUGGAUUCAAAUUGAAGAAUGCCAUAUCGAAUGGGGGCUUAUUCCAAUUGUCAGCGCGUCUGGCGCUAUAUACAAAGAACGCGACCUAUGCCGAGUGGGCUGAGAAGAUUUGGGAUUGGAGUGCGACUACGCCGCUAUUGAGGAAAACCUGGGUUAUCGCCGAUACCACUAAUGUCGAUGCGAAUUGUAAGGAUCAUGGUGAUUUUCAAUGGACUUACAACUACGCUACGUAUAUCUGCGGUGCGGGCUAUAUGCACAAUUACACGAAUGGUGAAGAAACCAAAUGGCUUGAAGGCAUGUCAGGAUUGAUCAAGACUUCUGAUCAGUUCUUCCCUGACUCUGCUUCGAACCAAGUGAUAUCCGACAUCACCUGUGAGCCAAUCAAAAAGUGUGAUCGCAACCAGAAAACCUUCAAGUCCUAUUUCACUUCCUGGCUUGGAUUCAUGUCGCUUAUAGUACCGACGAACACCACAGCGGACAUGAUGGCCAGAUUCAAGACUUCUGCUGUCGCUGCCGGUCAACAAUGCUCCGGUGGAAGGGAUGGGAAGCAUUGUGGAAUUCGAUGGACAAAGAGGACGGAAUGGGACGGCACCUCCGGCUUAGAGCAGGAGAUGUCUGUUUUGGGUGUUCUUAACGCUGUAAUGGUCCCAUUCAAGGCUCGGGCUCCUUUCAAUACUCAUAAUGGCGGGAAUUCCCAAAGUCGCCCCCAUGGGGAAAGCGAUACCGAGGACACCCCUGGGCCUAUCACUACAGGUGACAAGGUUGGCGCGGGAAUCUUGACUGCGAUGUUUGUUAUAUUCUGGGCCGGGGCUGUGUCCUGGAUGGUCAAGGAUAAGUAG